CCUCCUCCACUCCCGUUGCCUCCUCUUCACCGACGCGGCGCUUGCGCAUCCCGGAGGAUGCUGGGAUUCGGUCGCCAUCUCUCCGAGGCUGGGCUCUGCUCCCAACAUCCCGCUCGCCCCCACCGCGCGCUACGUGCCGGCAUGCGUUGACCGACAGUCGUGGCUGUCGCCGCUGGCCGCUGUUGUCGCCCGCUGCAUUCCCUGCUUGCCUGCGACUCCCCGCAAGUGCUGCUCUGCCCAAGGAAGUGAGUGAGUGAGUCGACAUGCCGUGCUGCAAGGUCGGCACCGACAGCAGCGGUCCCUUCUCGCCGCUUCGCCGCGGUGCCGAGCGGCUGUGGCUGGGCCGCACGCCGACGCUGCUGGCGUGGCCCAAGCGCUGCGUACUCGUGUCCAUGGUGUUCGUCGGCUUCUCGCUGGCCGCUGGCAUUCGUAGGUCCUUCGUGGAAGCCGCCUACAGCCUGCAGAGGGAAUCCCACUGGAAGAUGUUCAACAACGACACGUCCAGCGGGAACUGGACCACAGACUUCAUCCGUUCCUUCCAGUCGUCAUUCACGUGGGGUCUCUUCAUAGGUCACGUGAUAGGAUCGGCGCUCUCGUACAAGUACCACGCUAACAGCGUGUUUGCAGCCGCCAUACUGCUGGACUCCUCGCUUCACCUCGUGGUCGCUGGAGUGAUGCAAGUCCACCAGAUCUUCCUCGUGUCCCUUCUCUUCCUGCAAGGAGUGGCUGACGGGCUGACCUUCCCGGCCUUCUUCAGCUUACUGAGGUACUGGGCACCACCUUUGGAAAGAACGCGGAUGUUCGCCGCUGGUUACGCCGGUCUACAUUUCGGCAGCUUACUUAGCUUUCAAAUCUUCUCUGUCUUCGAAAGUCUCUUCAGUUCGACAGCGGGGCUCUACUUCUACGGUAUGCUAGGCAUCCUAUGGGUGUUGCCAUGGUUCCUUCUCGUAUCCGAAACGCCAUCCAAGCAUCCGGGGGUGUCAACGAGGGAAAAGAUCUACAUAAUCGACUCGCUUCAGACGCAGGAGCACAUUCCUUUCUCGCAGCCGACCAGCGUUCCAAUGCGCUCCAUCCUGUCUUCGGGUCCCGUGUGGGCCAUUCUGCUCGCGUCGUUCGGCCGUACGUGGACCUACAACACCUUGCUUCACAUCAUGCAGUGGUACUACAACGAUGAGAUCCGGUACGCAAAGGAGAUCCCUUACUUCCUGAUGAUGGUAUCCGUCGUGGUCAGCGGCUUUGUCGCCGACGGCCUUCAGGAGAAAAACCUUAUGACGACGUCGACAGUGAGAAAGACGUUCGGGGGCACAGGUUUGCUGACGGAGGCCGUUCUCUUCCUGACGAUGGUGUACGUCGGACCAACGGACUUCGCCAUGGUGCUCUACUUUUUCGCCAUGUCCAUCCGAGAGCUCGCAGUUGCGGGUUACAUGGUGAACCCGCUGGACAUUUCGCCGCAGUACGCGGGAAUCAUCGCGGGCCUCUCCGGGGCAAUGACCUCUCUUGGGAACCUCACGUUUUACCCCAUGAUGAACCACAUCUUCAACACAUGGAAAAUCCGGCACGACCACAUGACUCCCCUGUAUGCCGUGAGCGUCAUCAGCGGCGGGCUGCAGUUCCUGGCGGCGCUCAUCUUCGUGGUGUUCUCGUCGGCGACCGAGCAAGACUGGUCCAAGGACGAAGCGUCGUCACCCUCGGCCAGCGGAGACGCCCUCUACGGCACCAGCUGCGGCGGAGGAAACAACAACAACGACCCUUACCUGGACACCACUGAAGUGACCGUCAGCGACGGCGGCAUCUCACUAAAUGUGAUUGUCAAGCGGUAGCUCGAGGCCGAUGUCGAGGCUGUCGACGUAUGAACGCGCAGCCUCGGCCGACAUUGGGCAGCCGCGCCCAUUACGCUGACCGAAAGAGGGCCGCGGGACGUCGGGAGUGCCGGUGCAAUUUGAAGGAACAAUUUCGAGCUCGACGAGAUCCCGAAUCCUCGCACACCUUGGCGAGCAGUAGCUCAGACAUGCUCUGGUCCGAGAGCAGGUGUUUGGUGAAGUCGCGAACGACUAUUGGCAAAGACGGCACGCUGCGAAGAUGCACGCUUCUCGCACCGGAUGGCAGUGCACAGCAAACCCGAGACGCGUUGAGAAAUAUUUUGCCCGUGUUUGUCAAGAGAAGACCGCGAAUAUGCUUUGCACUUCUUGACUGGUGUAUGUGCCCUACGAGAGGACACUCGGUCGAUAGGGCCAAAUCGCCUUGUCGGGUAUUUUCUUGCUACUCUCGUCACUGUGGUGUGCGCUUGAGAAGAAAAAAAAGGCGGUGCGUAGUCUGAUGCUCAGGCCUAUAUUGUUGUCCAGUUGACCGAGACUACGGAAGACAAGCGCCUCGGUUGGCAUAGCUCGUCCGAACUCUGUCAAUGGUGGAUCCGCCAAAUGCCCUGCUCCCGUUUGCGACAGCUCCGACUUGACUUGAGUGUCUCUAUGAGCAGUUGUGGGAUGUUAACGCCUUUAGGGGACAUCAAUUGAAGUUGGGUUCAGUUCAGCUUACAUUUAACGAUUUAAAAUGUGGCUCCUCGGGCCACCUGCCCUGCGACCAGGGUUGUACGGCCAAGUUCGUCACCCGUAUACAGCCGUAAAGCCCGUCAUACGUAGCUGCACCUCGUGCGGGUAGUGCUCAAGAAUCUAAGUGUGAACGCCCGUGCAUUCUGUGAUGAGGUGACUGUGCGUCCAGACCCAUCUGAAGGAGUUGGAAGCCUGUCGACCGCGCGAGCUGUGCGAUGUUGCCAUGCCAACAACGGCGACCCACCCAACAGCCAAGAUGUUCAAAGCCACCAUGGCAAAAGUGCCAUGCAGGCAUCGCAAGUAACGACGUGUCUUCUCCCGUAAUGUUGUACUCGCAAUCUGUGGUAUGUUAUCUCUUGUAUAUAGGCUUCAUGUGCUAGGGUAAAAUGGAGAACAUGGAAAGCUGGCAGUACGCGCUUGGAAGGCUAGUAGUGCUAACAAAGCACGGCGAAUGAAGCGCAAAAUAUGGCUUACGUUGCAGUGACUCGCAAUAACUGCUAAAUCGAAGUAAAAAAAAAAGCUGUACAUACUCAACCAUCUAUGCGCACGCUUUGUGGGUUGUAAAGCCUUGCAGAAGAGGGGUCUGGAAUAACUGAUUGGACUUUCUUUAAGCAGUCAAUGUACAGUGCGGUCCACUCUAGCAGGGAACGCCCAACCGGCAACAAUAUCAAAGGCAACAUUAUUUAUGCUUCAUCGAAAAAGAAGCAGUUGAUAUGGCGUACAACGCAUUUAUUUGUGCAUACGACACAAGCAAUGCAAGUCCCUCCGCCAUAUAAGCCACAGCGCAUAGCGGAAUGCAAAACUGGGUGCACCAUAUUGAACAUCGUAUACUAAGCAUUUUUUCAGAAUACUCAUUCUUCUUUAGUGUCCGCCUCAGUGGUACUGUGAUUACGGUGCUCGGCUACUGACUCUAAAGUCGCGGGUUCGAUCCCGGUCGCGGCGGUCGCAAUUCGAUGGGGGCGAAAUGACAGAGGCCCCUGAACUGUGCCAUGUCAGUGCACGUUAAAGAACACCAGAUGGUCGAAAUUUCCGGAGCCCUCCACUAUUGCGUGCCUCAUAAUCAUAUCGUGGGUUGUGGCACGUAAAACACCAGAUAUUAUAUAUCAGAUCAUUCUCCUUUGCCUCAGUAGUGAUAAGUUCUAACGUUGCAGUGAUACAAGGUCCCAAUUUUCUGAACUGAAGCCUAGAAAUGACUGAGCAAUCAGAAAUAGUGUACCCACGAGGAAACAAAGAAAUCGGGAGAUGAAUAUCCUCAUACGUAACUUGAGCGCAUGCAUGUGGUCAAAAUUUUUAUUCUUUUCUUUCGGAAUACUGUCCAGCUCCUAGCCAGCGCCAGAUUGUGUCUUCAUUCGUCGUGUCUCGUUGGCAGCUACUUCAAAGGCUGAGCUUGGGUGAUGCGAUGUAGAUGGAAACGUGGAGAUAGGCAUCUAUGUGAGAACAAAUUGCUUAGGUGUUGUCUUUUUCUUAGUGUAUGAAUGGCCCACGCUCGACCUUUCUGUAGAAUGCGCGCGCUCUCAGAUGUUGAAUCGUCCCCAAACUUACUGAAUGAAAUAUAAUGGGCUCACGAAAUCUGGAAGAGAAAUACGCAUGCGCAAUAUGACGACGGAAACUGAGAGAUAAAUGCAGAAACGAGAAGAAGGUGUCAUACUCGCGUGCUUGUGGCUUUCUCCUUCACAUCUGCAUGUACGCUUUCACUGGUGUACUUUUUUUCAUUCAAAAUUACACCUAAAAGAAAACACUGCGUGUUAGGCAGACCGUAACAAUAAACACUCAGGAUGGUGAAGAAACGAGCUCGGAAGUUGAAGUCUUUUUUUUUAUGGUUGGCUAAGAGAAUCUCGAAGGAUAAGAACACCUCAUCCGAUGAAAAGGCAUUGUUUUGAAAUUGCAGGUCAUGAAACUACGGACCGGAAGAUAGGUAGCAAAACGCGCACAAAAAUACAGGAUGCAUAUUGUUAGGCAACACAGCUAUGUCCUUCAAGGAGAGAAGCUUUGAAAAAGGAAGACGGGAUUUCAGGUCAUAAGCUUGUGAAAGAGACCAAGAUUACAAUAAAUACGAUGAAGGUGCGCGCUGAAGCAGGGCUCGAUUUAUAGGACGUAUAUUCGCCAGGAACGGUCAACUGUGAUGCCCAAACAGGCGAUGAGUGAGCUCUGGAUAAGAACAAAGAUACUUUUUUCGGUACGAAGGGAAGACUGCAAUGGCUGAGAUGAUGCAAGUAUGUGUGGUUGAAAGGUCGCCAGCGUCUCAGAGAGUUGAGGUGUGAUACUAAAAACAGAAUUGGAUGUAUGAAGGCUACUGGAGCGUUUCAGUGAGAGUCACGUGAGUGCGCACAAGAGAUAAAGAAAGGGACCAGAGAAUAAACUGUAGCAAGAUAAAAAAAGAGGCGGCGAAUAUCUAAGAAGCCUCCUUGUUGGCUACAUGUGCGAAGAUUUUGUGUUGAGUUUAUCCGGGAUAUGCUUUUAUCAGCACAGGAACAAUAUGCUGUUGGAUUUGAUGCAUAUGCUGAAAGAGAUUACCAUUAAAUGAACGAGUGAGGAACAUGAGGUCACUGAACGUCUGUCGCGAUGAACAAAAAAUAAAAUAAAAUAAAAGCUCUGAAGUUGGUGCAAUAAGAAACAAGCACUGCCUGAAAAGAGGUCAAAACGUUCUACGCUUUACGCCUGGAAUUAGUGAUUAUUCAAAAGGCAGUGCAUGCAGACGAAAGGGUACGAAGCAGCGGACAAGUGCAGUCCUUGUAUCUGAUUUGCGAUGUCUUGUUCCCAUGUUCGUAGUGGUUUCUAGUCAUUCUCAGGCAUCUUGUGUUUCUCGCUACCAGUUGCGCGUCUCUGGUAGAAUCUCGUUUCAAAGAUUUUCCUGCUUGUUCCUCUAUUUGCGCCGUAGUUGUUUCACAUGACAGAAGUAAUAUUAUAAGCGACCCGUUGUUAGUUUCUGCGCAAGCCUUUCUAAGCGCAAUUGUUUUACAGCACUGAAGCACAAGACAUUUUUACCGAACAAUUUCACUGUAAAUAUACUGACUCUGUCACAAAUGUUUUCACUGUCUCUCUCUUUUUUUUUUCGACAACCUCGGAGACAUGUUCGUUUGUUUGAGAGGAACAAAAAGUGCACUUGUCUUCAGACUCACGUUGAAUAAAAGCCAUUUCGUUACAAGUG